AUGCAAGAGCGGCGGCCCCCAAAACACAGCUUUGCAUACUUAGACUGGGAAUUCUCUUUUCUAUCCUCAGAGGAAUUACACAACAUCACCUACGUCCCCAACGUCACCGACAUCGCCAACAUGUAUCCUAGUCCUCAGAAGUCUAAAAGUACAUAUAGCACUGUGCCGGAUAGUGCUGGCUACUCGGAGUCCUCAGAGCCUCAACGAAUUGGAGGCUUGGUCGAUGUGCCUACAUCCAGCUCUCACAUGUCCGUUCUUCAGCAGAUAGACUUUAUGAAUGCCCAGCCAAAUCCUCGGUCCUUCUUAGCUCCUGGGCAUCAUUCUACCGGGAGAAGGGAAUCGAUAGACACUGGUACAAUUGGGUCUCAAUAUGCAUGGUCCACUGCGUCUAACGCAGGCGUCCUCUCAAACUCUUCUCAUAUGCCCUCCUUUGAGACCUCCAUCGACCACAACACAACGCCUUUCAUUCAAGGUUACUAUCCCCAGGAAUCUCUACAGCUCGCUAUGAGUGGACCAGGCGUGUCGGGCUAUACUCCUCAGCAAAUCGACAAAUGGUGUGUUGAGAGCGAGCCAGCACAAGACUUCUACCAGCCACAACCCUUCCAAAACAUAGGCUCUAUGCGUUUUCCACCAUCAACAGAAGUGCAACCAGAGCCGUAUGCGACAUUCAACAACCAAGUCAAUACUGCGAACGAGCAGUGGCUCUCUUGCCCACUCCAUUCUUCUGAUCCGACCCCAGAAACCUUCUUCCAAAUCCCCCAAUCCGUCUCAAUUCCUCAGUCAAAUCAGUCAGUCCCAGCGCCAACAACCCACCUCUACCAAUCCACUACUACGACCACCUCAAUAUCUUCAUCGCCACCAUGCUCCCUCUCCGACCCAGAUUCUCCACCAGCCGCACCGGGCUCGGCUUCCGGCUUAGGCUCGGGCUCCAACGCAGGCGAUUUAAGCAACUACGGUAUUCCAACUGGUGACGGCACCUGGCGUUGCGCCCACCCAGGCUGUUCCUCGCAGGCUGUCUUCCAUCGAGGCUGUGAUCUGAGGAAGCACUUCAACCGCCACCGCAAGUACCUCUUCUGUCGCUACGAGGGAUGUCCCCAGUCUACAAAGAAUGGCUUUAGCAGCAAGAAGGACCGUGCUCGUCAUGAAGCGAAGCAUAAUCCUGGUGUCUUUUGUGAGUGGGAGGGCUGUGGGAAGGUUUUCAGUCGUGUCGACAAUAUGAAGGACCAUGUGAGGAGGAUUCAUCGGAAGGGGCAGGCUGGAAGGGCUUAG